AUGGCUGCCACACUCACACCGCAAAUGGCUUUCCGCGCUUUCAGAGCUGCCCCCAAGGCUGCUCCCUGGGCCCGCCUGUCGGCCCAGCUGCCUCGCGCCCAGCCCGCCUUCCGCCGCUUCUUCGCGGCACCCGCCCAGGAGCAGCCGCGUCUGCGCCUGGGAUCGACCGCACCCAACUUCAAGGCUCUCACCACCAAGGGUGAAAUUGACUUCCACCAGUUCAUCGGCGACAGCUGGGCAAUCCUCUUCUCCCACCCCGCCGACUUCACCCCUGUUUGCACGACUGAGCUCGGCGCUUUUGCGAAGAUGAAGAACGAGUUUGAGAAGCGCGGUGUGAAGAUGAUUGGCCUGAGCGCCAAUGACAUCGGCUCCCACGGCGAGUGGAUCAAGGAUAUCAACGAGGUUUCCUCCACUGACGUCCAGUUCCCCAUCAUCGCCGAUGCUGAUCGUAAGGUUGCCUUCCUUUACGACAUGAUCGACCAACAGGACCUCGACAACAUCAGUGAGAAGGGUAUUGCGUUCACUAUCCGCUCUGUUUUCAUCAUCGACCCGAGCAAGAAGAUCCGUCUGACCAUGAUGUACCCUGCCUCGACCGGCCGCAAUUCCGCCGAGGUUCUGCGCGUUAUCGACUCUUUGCAGACCGGUGACAAGAAGGGUGUGACCACCCCGAUCGACUGGCAGGUGGGUGACGAUGUCAUCGUGCCCCCGUCCGUUUCCACCCCCGACGCGAAGAAAAAGUUCGGCGAGGUUCGCGAGGUCAAGCCCUACCUCCGAUACACCAAGUUCUAA